AUGAAGGUGUACCAAUGUCUAUUGGCGGCUGCUUUGGUGUUGCUGAGAGUUGAAUCUGUGUCUUUGCGAACCCGGGACCUUUCAGCGGAAGAAAGGUGGAAUUUUGAGGAUAUCAUUAAUUCAGUUAAAACAUUCCUAGAGAUGCAUCCAGAGAACGACCACAAACUUUUGACGAGACUCAGAGAGGAGAAGGAUGACUUUUACAAUAUGAUGAAAAUUGUUUUGGAGCAAAAAAUAUGGAUGACCAACCCGGAAAAAAACAUGAUGCUUCGUCGCUGGGAGCAACUUUCUGUUAAAGAGCGACAAGAGUUUAUUGACGAUCUUCUCAGAUACGACAAGAAGAUGCUGGAGCUGUCGUACCAUGUCGAGCUCUCAGAUCUUCGCUCAAAUCGAAUUCGCUGGAAAAUGGACAUCGAAGAUCCAAUGAGAUUGGAAGACCGAGAGGAUGUAGAAAAGGAAUUGGUGGGCCUCGAAACACGUUUCAACAAGGAUGAGACACGUCUGAAAGCUAUACUUAAGUACAGGAUUGAGAACCUCAAAUUCAAACAUCAGCUUGAUGACCUGAGAGAAAAGUUGAAGAAGGCAGCAGAGGGGCAGGACCUUCAUAAACUUACACUUCAAGAAGCAUUCAAGACGCUCGAUUUUGAUGCUCAUAUUUUUACGGGCCUAAAUGAUGAAAAAGAGCGAGUGAACGCGAUUUUUUCAAGUCUGAAGUACCGCGCUCUUUUCGAACACGCUGAAUUACUUUACUCUACUAUACAGGGAUCUCGUUCAUCCUCUUCCGGUGAAGGUGUCUUUGCUCCUUCGCUCUAUGCGAUGAUUGAUAUGACAUGUACAUUGCGUGAUGUUUUUAAUUUCGGUUUCGGUGUUAAAGACUGGCGGCAAUCUGAGUACAGCUAUGUUGUACUCGCUACACUCAUCGAUUCCCAAAUAAAAAGGCUCAUAUAG